AUGAUACCAAAAAUAUCCCUCUGUGUGGUCUCUAUUCUGACUUCGAUCGUAGCUGGCUACGUCCUCUACGACAAUGAACAACACCAACGCAUCUAUCGAGGAGCACCCAACGGUGCCUUCGAAAUAAUGGUGGAUAAAAUGGAGAAGGCUUCUCGAGUCAUCAACGGGAUUUCCAUUCAACAGAGUCUCAUUGAUGGAAGCAUUUCCCCUGAUGCCCUGAUCUCGGAACUAUUGAAUUUUGGAAACAUCACUGCCACUCAACUUCUCACUAUCGACACUGGAAAUCUGACCCAACUGAUCAAGGAUAUCCAGGAGUUACCCAAAAGCCUUCCCGAGGAUCCUUCAAUAACAAAGAUGGAGAAUCGAUUGAUGUUGAUCAGUGAGGUAGUGGAGAAGUCGAAUGGUGUAACAGAAUUGAAGGCACCGGGAACUGACUAUUUGAAAGACGCAACAGAUUUCAAAAGUACAACCAUCAAUUGGACAAAUCUGAAAAACCUUGUAAAAUAUUUCAAGAUGUUAUCACAAAACAUAGCUACCCUCAAAGCUUCAAAUCUCGAAGAAAGUCUGAUCGGUUCUCAAUUCGACGAUAUGCAGUUUCCUGUAAACUCUAUCAAAACGGUUCAAAUUGACGACUAUCCAAAACAACUGAAGUCUGACGUUCUUCGAAAACUCGAGGAAACUUUUGCUCCACUGACGAGUUUCUUGAGAAGUGUAGAGAUUUCAAUACGUCCGAGACACUGUGGAAAACAUAUGACAGCUGUUGGAACCGUAGCCAACAGUGCAAAUUCAAGACGUUCGCAAUUCGAGGAUCUGAGCCAAAUAUUCUCGUCCCGAGAUCAUCGCAGCGGUAAUCGAGUACUUAUUCAUUCAUCGGGAUUACCCAAUGGAUUCUCUGAUGUUGAACAGAUUUUUGAAGAUCUGAAGGAUCCAUGGAUUCAAGACGCUGUUGAUGGACAAUCUGAAGUACUCUCCAAAGCUCUAGACUCGGUUAGAAACAUUGGAAAGAAAUGUCGAAUGGUGGAUGGAUCCAUUCGUUCAAAAGAUGCAAGGGAUCUGAUGAAUGAGCUCAACGUGGAAGUUUCGGAUCUUGCCGGACUCUCUCAACUCAGUACGAUUGCUUCUAAACUCUUGGAAAUUUUGAAACCAAUGAACGAUCUCAAUAUCGCCCCAGAGGAAGACGGCUUUUUGAAGUUUCACGAAAGCAUUGUGGUAGUGUCAUCGAAGCUGAAUGCAAUCGAUCGUAUCCUGGAAGUGACAGCUUCACUGAGAAAGACAAACAGUUUGGAUCAAGUGUUAGCUUUGACGAAAGCUCAAAGCGACGAUGAUAAAUAUCCAGGCAAGCUUAAGGAACUGAAAGAGAGCAAGGCGUAUCAGGAUCUUGUCGUUCUAAUGGAAUCGCUUGAACCGACUCUUCAGAUUCUUGGUGACGAUCCAUCAAUCGCAAAACCAGCUGGAAAAGUUGUGGAUAACAAUCAUGAGGUUUCCACUUUCGUUCGAGAUUCCAAAAGGUUCCUUGAUCUUCUGAAGAAGCUUCGAAGCAUCGAAGAGCUGAAAUUAGUUCCUCGAGCUGUUGGUUUGAUUCGGAAGCUUCGAUCCAUCAACAUCCAAAACUUUGAUCUAGUUGCCACGAGUCUCGUUAAGUUCAAAUCCACGUUGGACGAUCUUCAGAAGUCUGUGAACGAGUUGAAAGGUGUGAAUCCUGAUAACAAUCCAUUGGCGACUCUUCCGAAUGCCCAGAAGGAUUCAUCGAAUAUUGGCUCAUCGACUCGUGUCAUGUGGAGCAUUCGGAUGGCAUCUAAAGGUAAACCAACGUUGGAUCAGGCUAAAAUGGAUGUGGUGAGAAGUGAGAUGACGAAUUUGACUGAUCCAGAAGACGUCACGAAUUUGAACAAGUUGUUCUCAUUGGGACCAAUCUUGGAUAAGUUCAACAAAGAAGUGAAGGGUGUCGAAUCGUCUGCCGUUGACUCUUCCUCUUCUGAUCUUGCUUCUCUGGAUAUGAGUCUUGGUUUGCAGGUCAAAGGAAUCUCCAUCGACUUCUCUGCUAUUUCAAAAUCUUUGGAUAAGCUGUUGGAGACUUCUCAGAGAAAGGAUGAGCUUCUGGAAGUGAAGAAGACUGUAGAUUCGUUGGAUUCCUUGGGACUCGACUAUGCAAAACAUCAGACUGCCAUCGAAGCGUCGAAAUCAUCUCUGGAGUCAAUGGAUUCAUUUUUCGCUCAACUGAAGACUGCUCAGGACCUGUCGAAGUUUUAUGAGCAAGCGUGGUUCUUGAUUCUUGUGGGAGCUGUCCUUCUUCUUUUCAUUCUCGGAAUCGGGGCAUUUUUUGUGAUACGAAGUCGUAAAACGAAAGAGCCACGAGGUGAGUUCAAAGUUUAUGAAAUAAUUAUUAAGAAAUUGAUAAUUUCAGAACCCUACCAUCUGUUGCAAGCCUUCUUCAACCGAUUCCUAGGAAUGAUUUAUCUGAAGAUGCGGGAGAUUCAAAUCAUGAAGCUUGGAAUGCAGUACACUCAGUCAGCAGCCAUCACACGUUAUUAUAUGGGUCUCUACGCACAGGAUUCCAAGGAAAACUUUGAAGACAUCACCAAAUCAGUGAAAGCUGCCACGGCUCGAGGGCGUCAUAGGCAUCUCGUCGCACUGGGUGACCAAAACCGUGUCUUGCUGAAGGAUGGUCAAAUGUUCGGUCUACCGAACUACCAUGGAAAUAGAGUUCCACUGAAGCACGGUCGAGAAGCGGUUGUCUGUCAAACUCCACAUCACGACGACAAAAUCGACACUCGUGGUGCUUUCUGGUUGGCGAUGGCUGAGGCACAGUCCAGAUUGGGCAUUUGUUUUGGCAAAGUUUCUGCAAAAACUACAGUAGAGGAUCCACCAGUCCAACCGUAUUUUCCAACUAACCUUGGAAGUGCUUCGUAUUGUGACGGAAAGGUUGUCAUCAAGUGUGUGGCACAUGAGAAGAAGAAUAAAUCGGUUGAUAUGGUAACACUCGAAGUCAAAGUCCAAAACAAAAAAGCGUUCAAAUGUCGAAUGGCUUUGGUUGAAGGCUGGCCAGAAGACAGAUUCCCGGAUCCAAGUAUGUGUCAAGAUCUUGUGGCGCUGUUUGACGAUGUGUAUGCCAGUCCAGGACCAGUCUUCAUCGCUUGUCCAACUGGAACCGGCAAAUCGGCAGUUUUCACUCUUGCUCUAAUGGCCCGUGAGGAGAUGUUGGAGAAGCACGGAAAGAUUUCGAUGGGAUCCCUCCUGAAUGAUCUCAGACAGUAUCGUGCGAUGGCAAUUGAGAACCCCAAACAAUACCUUUUGGCAUUCAUUUUGAUUGUCAAAGACGCCGCAUGGAAAGUCAACGAAGAGCUGUUGGAUGCAGAAAGUAAGCGCAUGAUGCACGAGCUCGACGGAUUCCUCAAUGACAUCAUUGAGCAUUCGGAUGGUCUCGAUGAAGUUUUAGAGAAAAUGCUUGCCGAGGAAGCAGCAAUGCUGAAGGCGCAAGAAGGAAAACCGAAACCGGAUCCUAAAGCAGAUACUGAUGAUGGAACGAAGACUGCGAUUCCAGAAAGACCCACAAAGAACAUAUUGACACCUGGAAGAGCAGAAUGGACGAUGGAGAAGAAGACGAUGCGCUUGAAGGACUUGCGUAUAAAAAUGGAAAAUCUCAGAGAGAGGGUGAAGCAGCAGGAGGAUUGGUUUAAUAAAACUGAAAACGAGCAAAACGCGGGCGCGUUACAAGAUGUCGAAGAUAUGGAGAGGGACAAAGAGAAGCUGGCACAUUACGAUGCCGAGUUGGCGAGAUACUACAAAAAGAAAAGGGAGAAAAAGAAGAAGCAGAAGAAGAGAAGGCACAGGUCGAAGAUUCCGAGUUCUGAUACACCUCUUCCAGCCGAUCUGGAAGCGAAUCCACCAAAGAAAUUAAGAGGAGUCACAACAAAAUAUCCGGAGCUUGGACUGGAAAUAACGAUGAUUCCUGACUCGGAGAUUCCUGUUGACCUGGACAUUGAUUUCGAGAAAACGGCUAUCGAUGGUUGA